GGUCUCCUAGCCAGGGCAGCGAGGAUGCCACAGUGGCUGAGAUGAUGGCACUAGGCUGCUGUGUGGGAGCUAUGCUGGUCAGAUACCUGCUAUCUUUAUAUGUGCUUCCAACAUUUAAUUGUUCAUUUAUAAUGCAGUAUCGGCUUGCAGCAGGCAGCCUGUCCCAGGCCACCAUGCUGCUCGCCUGGAGAAGUCUGGAGGAAGCCUGCAGAUGCUCAGUUUCCCUCAGCAGGUCAGUGACCGUGAGUGCCUCCUGUGGGGUACCCGAGGCCAUUCACCUUCUCAACUCAGGAAGAAAACAGUGCAGCAGGGUGGGGGCUGCCGGGCAGCGGGGCUCCCCGGAGGAAAUGCGGUCUCUGGGUGGACGGUGCAGGGAGGACGAGGCAUCUGCCAGGGAGAGGAGGGAGGCUGGCACCUUGUCUUGCUCAGGGGGUUGAGUGUGCUUCUGCAGCAUUGCCAAGAUCUUGCCCUUCCUUCUCUAUCUGUCUUUGCUGGAAAAAUGGUUCAUGGGAGCUGCUGUGAGCCUCGUUGCUGAAAACAGCCUUAUGCUGUUUUGUCCUGGAGCUCAUUUUGGGAUGGGCCCCAGCACCGCAACAGGGGUGCAGGGGUCCGGUGGCGUGCGGGGCUGGUGUGCAUGAGGAAUGGAUGUGAACUUGGGUUUCUAAUGUUUUCCAAAUAGCAGCUGAGAGGCUAGGUGCAUGAAAAGCUCCAGCUUAGCAGGGUCUUCCCCCCCCUGGAAGGUGGCAAAACCAAAGAUGGUUCACAAAUCCAGCCGAGAGGCAGAAAACAUCCCAGUCCUGCGGUCAAGGAGCUCUCCAGGGAUGUGGGACAUGUGGAUUCACCCAGCGGUAGCAGGAGGGAUCCCCUUCGCAGGAGCAUGCCUCAGUUUCCCCACAGUGUGCCUAAAAUCAGUGGAAGGGGGAGCAGUUAAUAAUGUGGGUGCCUUUCAAACAGGGCUUUGCUGGGGAAUUACUGCGGGAAUGCAAAAUCUGGAAUAUUUCUGUGUGAAGAGCAAAUGAUGAACUGGCUGGAGGCAGAGUGCAAGGCUGCUCCCUUGGCUUCAUCUCCUCCCAAUCUCCAUCCCCCUCCAGCUCUCUCCACCCACCUGAUGUGUGCCAAGUCCUGCAGCCCAAGUGCCUGCUGUGGGAGGAAGGCAGCAUGCAACUUGAAGAGUGUUAAGGAAACUAUAGGAAGAUUAGGAAAUGUGUGAUGAGUUUUGAUAACCAGAGGAAGCAGGUCAUGUCCUGCUUUGAACGAGCUCUGCUUGGAGGUAUGAAAGCAGCCUUUGCCACGGUCAAGAAUCAGUCAGUCUUGUCAGUGCUCUCCACUCAGGCUGAAGAUGCUCUGGGCUGGCAGGAUGAGGCUGAGGACCUUCGGGAUCUUGCUAGUGCUUGUCCAUACAUCAGCAGCCUGUGAGUUUGGGCCCUUCCCUUACAGCGUCACGGGGAUCGUCUGCAGGAUGACCAAGCCCGCAGCAUUGCUGUUGAACCAGGAAACAGCGCAGGUCAUUCAAGCAGCUUUCAGAAAUGCCAAAUUCCCAAAUAUCACCGGGGAAAGGUCCAUGCAGCUCCUUGGCAAGGUGGCUUACGGGCUGACCAACAUCCAGGUCAAUGACUUGUCCAUAGAGCAGAGCGAGGUGGAGCUCAAGGAGAAUGAUGCCAUUCACAUUGCCAUUAAAAACGUGACGGCCUUCUUCAAAGGGACCCUGACCUAUGGCUAUGCUGGAGGCUGGUUUUUGCAUCUCUUUCAUUCAGUUGAUUUUGAAAUCGAGUCUUCCGUUGACCUCCAGAUAAACAUUAAACUGAUGUGCCAAAAGGACCAAGUGGCUGCCGAUGCCUCAGACUGCUACCUGACUUUCCACAAACUGAUGCUUCAUCUCCAAGGAGACAAGGAGCCAGGCUGGCUGAAGCAGCUCUUCAUGGAUUUCAUCUCCUUCACUUUGAAGCUUGUUCUCAAGAGCGAGGUGUGCAAUGAAAUAAAUUCUCUUGCCCAGGUGCUGGCAGACUUUGUGCAUGAUUUAGCAGAAAAUUUUGUCCAGGAUGAGUAUAUCAGUGUUGAUAUCUCCCUUGCAUCAGUUCCUUUAAUAAAAGCAAAUUACCUAGAAUCACACCACAAGGGCCUCGUCCUGUAUAAGAAUUACUCUGAUGUCUUCAGUGACUCUGUUUUCUCCCCAUUGCUGCUGACCGAGUCCCGAAUGCUCUACUUCUGGCUGUCUGAACACAUCCUCAGCUCUCUGGCUUCAGCAGCUUUCUUAGAUAAGCGCCUGGUAUUGACCAUCAGAGGGGAGAAGUUGCAGGCACUGUUUGAAAUGGAAGACACGGAAGCGCAGCGGAAGGCAGUGCAGAUGAUUUUUCAAGGCACCUCCUAUAACAACUCUGUGGCCAAGGUGUGGAGUCUCGCCCAUCCCCAAAUCUCUCUUCAGCCUGAAGGGACAGUUGUGAAGUCCUUGGUAGCAGUGGAGGUCAGCAUCUCUCCCACUGGAGAAGAGCCCCUGAUGGUUCUGUACAUGGAGAAGGAAAUCACGGUCACUAUCCAAGCUGCCUAUGCGGAAAAGAAACUCAUUUUGCACCCUUUGGACUCCAGGAUAGAGUUUAAAGUCUUUAAAUGCACAGCUGAUCCAAGUGGGAAUGACCCAUCCAUAAGAAACUUUCUGCAGACAAUGAUCUCGGUUGUUGGGAUCCCAGAAGUGAUUUCAAGGAUCGAACAAGCUUUGACUUCACUGAUGAACAGCAAAGGGCUUCAUCUAUUUGAGAUCAGAAAUCCUGAGAUCAUCACAAGAAAGGGAUACGUAAUUGUACAACUUGACUUUAGCUUCCCGAAUCAUUUGCUUCUUGAUUUUCUUGAGAAAAGAUUAUAGAGCUGAUCUCUUCAUAAAGGAGCACAGGAACUUGCGUACAAACAGAAAGACCGUGUGUGAACCAAUUAAAAGACAAGCUGAUUUAAA